AGCCGACUUAGGGUUUAUUUAAAUACAGAACCAAUUCAUUCAUAAACCCUUCAAAGUUCAAACCACAAAAACAAUGGCAUUUCUCAUGAAACCAAUAUUGUUCAUCAUAUUGUAUAACUCUCUCCUCGUAACGACGGUCUCAGAAUACGUUCUCAUUGAUGAUGAUUUUAUCGUGCCCUCUCCGAAAAGCGUUCAAGGGCUCAAGAGGAAGAAAACGGUAACGAUAAUUAACAAUCUUGGAGGCGGUUUAACGUUACGAUACCAUUGUAAAUCGGGGGACGAUGAUCUCGGGGAUCGGGUUUUAGGGCCGGGAGGGUCGUGGUGGUUCAGGUUCGAACCGAAUUUCUUCGGUACGACUCUGUUUUACUGUUAUUUCUCGUGGACCGGUUCGGGAGGCUGGUUCGACAUUUAUAAGGAUAGUAGAGAUAAUGUUCCUAGUAAGAAUUAUUGUGAUGAAUGCAAGUGGAAGGUUAGGAAGACCGGACCGUGCAGAUUCAAUGGUCGAAAGACGACGACCUCGGCUACCGGACCAUGGGUCCGAGAGAGGCGUGGUCGUUCCAGUUCAGGCCGAACAUCUUCGGGACGACACUCUUCUUCUGCCGGUUCUGGUGGUCGGGCAACAGCAAGGUACACUGGUUCGAUAUUUUUAGGAGCAGUAGAGACGACGAGGAAAGCCCUUGCACUGUCUGUUGGUGGAGGAUAACGAGGUUCGGUCCGUGCAAGUUCAAUGACGGGGUUAGGGAGUAUGAUCUUUGUUAUGAAUGGGAUAAAAAAAUUUAAAUGAUUAUAUUUAUAUAUAUUAUGUGAUCGUAGUUUGAAUUUUUAUAUAUAGCUCCGUUUAUGUCGUGAAAUAAUGACAUAUGACACAUGGUUUUGAUUAUGUAUAUACGUGGUGUGUAUGUAGCUAUAGAUUUCGGUUCCUAAUAGGUCGAGUAAACGAUAUCCAAAAAUAUGUAUUCUGGCCCUCUGGUAUUAUGGAAUGGUUAUGGAACGAAUUUUUAGAAC